CCCAGAACAGCACCGCUUCACUGCUUAGUAGCCUAAACAUGAUUUGGCCCCGCACCAGUCCAUACUCAUCCUAUCUAUAUAUCCAAGUGCCGCUGCCUUUUGCCAUGCCUUUCCCUGCUUGCCCACUGCACUUGCCUGGCUUAUCUGCCCCAGCUGCCCGACCAACCCAGUUUCUUACGCCCUAUCCGUUUAGUACCUCCCUUUAUUGCUUUCCUCACGGGGACAAAGACAUAAGGAAGGGUUGCAGCUCGGACAUCCUAUUGGCCGGCGGUGCCCAGGGAGCGCUUGCCGCUGGUCAAUGCUGAUGCCAGUAUGAGCAUUGCUUACAGUUUCAUCUGAAAUCAAUGGCGGUUGUAGGACCACAUAAGAACAGUGUUGCCGACCUGUCACGUCAAAGCCGAAACUUGCUCCAGCCUGGACUUUCACGAGCCCUUACCGUACGUUUCAGACUCGACAUAAAUGACACGCUCUAACAACGACGUCGAGUCUGGUGUUGACGAGCACAAGUCGGUGCUAAACGCAAUGACGCCUGUUAAAGUAAACGACGAGUGGGUGCGCGGCGACCCUGGGCCGUUCGGUCUCCUUUGCUUCGGAAUGACCACCUGUAUGCUUAUGUUCAUUACGACACGAUGGAGCGAGAAGACCUUCUUACCGACUGUCUUCUGCUACGCAUUGUUUUAUGGCGGCUUUGGCCAGUUCGUAGCGGGCGUGCUUGAGCUGAUCAAGGGCAACACGUUUGGAGGCACCGCCUUUGCCAGCUACGGAGCCUUCUGGAUGGGCUGGUUCCUGCUGGAGUAUCUGAUGAAGUCCGACCCCGCCCACUACCCCACCGCCCAGACCGGCAAGACGCUGUGGUGCAGCCUCUGGGCCUUCCUGACCUUUGGCUUUUUCAUAGUCACCCUGCGCAAGAACGGCUGCCUCAUCACCGUCUUCUCCACCCUGGUCAUCACCUUUGCGCUGCUGGCGGGCGGCUUGUGGAGCGGCAACACCGACCACGCGGCGGGCUACUGGGGCCUCUUCUGCGGCGCCUCCGCCAUCUACUCCGCCUUCGCCUUCCUAUACAAGAUCGAGCUGGGUGUUGUACUACCCGGGGUGCGGCCCGUGGCUCUUAUCUAAGGGCGAGUCGAUCGAUUUUUGAGAGCACUUGUGAGGAGGAUUGUGACCGACAUUUGUUUGGCGUUCUGCCUGCUCUUGACUUAUUUUCACCCCAAAUUGAGGAGUAGGGGCGUGCUGACUUCUCUUGACCCUUGACAAGAAGAUUACGCUGGAUGUUGGUCCUCCUGAUCAUGUUGCACGGUUUGCAUGUUUUUUUGGCAUGGUUUUGGUGUCAUCGAUUUGAUGGCCGUGCUUGGUGCUUUCGUACUUAAGGACGUUGGUAGUCCCUACUCCGUCCGGGUACCGUACUACUCCGUACGGGUACCGUACUACUCCGCGUCCGCCUGCCACGCCGCCUAGAUGCGGUGGGCCACGCUCUCUGUCGGGCACCUACCACAUUGACUGACGUGGAAGCAAGAAGCGGGAUCAUACUCACGCGCAGAAGUUGACCCCUUCCAUGGGUUGUGACAGGACGUGCGGGGCUUGCUGCCUCAUCAGGGCAGCAUGUGCGGAUAUAUAACACCAGUUGCGGUGCUGGGUUUUGAUCGCAUAUCAAAACGGUACGGUACGGUACUCACCUGGUAGCCCCGGCUCGGCGGCCGUAUCAUGCAGGCCAACAUGCAAUUACUACCAAUGCGACACUAUUGGUGGAUUGCAUGUUGCAUGCGGGGUUGGAAAUUUUGUACAAUAUCGUAAUAAUAAGGUGUGUUAAACUAUCCAUGACGUCCGGUGUCAAGAGGACGAAGUCGGUGCUGCAGGAUGGGAUUUCCUUUGCUGGGUGCUGUUUGUGAACCCAGAAGAGCCUGCUGUGAAGUUGCAGUACUUGGUAGCGGACGCUUUGUUGCUCUCUGCUUUUUUGCUUUUUGGUUGGAAUAAUCGUAGCAGUAAUUGUAGGAGCGAGUGAACCAUGGGUCACACGGCUACACAACAUACAGGUAUUCCUCAUUCUUCAUAGCGCCAUAGCGCCUGUAUAAAUUAACCAACAAGUCCCGGAGUUUACCGGAGUAGUGUCCAUCCAUGGCCGGGCAUGCAUGCCCCGAGCUC